UGCCAAGCCCAUCAUCUCAAUCAGGUGAUACGUGGCCAUCAUCUCGGUGCAACUAUAAUCCGGCUCCUGAACCGGGGCAAUUCCUCCGACUAGUCCGCAUCCCCGAAGAGCACAGCUGGCCCAUUCGCGUUCCACCCCAUCCAACAUUCUGUCCUCAAUCCACCCUUUCCACUCAUUGCACCACCACCACCCAAAUCAUCCUCCUUACACAGUCACCAUGUCCGACCAGGUCCAAGAAAUUCUCAACGUGCCCCGCGAGUUCCUCCGCGAGGGUAUGCAAUUUGUCAACCGCAGCCAGAAGCCCGACAAACGCGAAUUCAUCAAGAUCAGCCAGGCUGUUGGCACUGGUUUCCUUAUCAUGGGCUUCAUUGGAUACAUCGUCAAGCUGAUCCACAUCCCCGUCAACAACGUCCUCGUCGGUGGCGCCUAAGCGAUUAUAUUCCUUGAGGAUUGGUUGCUGAGUGAUUAUUCUGAUCGCUUCCCUAGCGGCAUGGGACCCGACCUGCGGACUCGAACUUCGAACGAUCGGCUCGGGCUCACGGCUUCUCCUGGGGAAUAGCAACUGGUGGUGGGAACAGAAAGUGGAAGGUUGGAAACGGGUCAUCUUAUCGUAUUAUACCUCACCGCGCGAGUCUUGGACUUUACAACAAGCGUCUUGAUGUCUUUUCUAUCGCCGGGCCGGGGGACGCUGCCUGGACCGAAGGGUCGCGCGGCAGCUUUCUCCGCGGGUGGAAAAAGGAAGCCGGUCGGUUUUCGAGGGAUCGGGCUGACCGGCAUAUGUGCAUAAUCAAUCUGGGUAGGCGUUUAUGGGGUGCUCUAAUGAGAA